AGAUAGGUCCUCCCCGUAUACUGUCAUACACCUUACCAGUUUACUUUCCUCUUUUCUGGUCUUCAUUCAGACCAAGUCUCUCAUUGCAAGCAGAGCUCCCAACCCUACAGAAGACUGCAGGGGACGCUGUCCGGCUUUCUUGCAGGAGCAUCAUGGGUAAUAAAGUUGUAAGGGGUAACUUUGAGUGGGUUUAUACUGACCAACCCCAUUCGGACCGGAGGAAAGAGAUAUUGGCAAAAUACCCUGAGAUAAAGAACUUGAUGGGACCCGACCCACAACUCAAGUGGAUUGUCUCGCUCAUGGUUGUUGUCCAGAUUAUAUCCUGCUUUCUUGUCCGUGACCUGCCUUGGAAGUGGCUUUUCUUCUGCUCCUAUGUUUUUGGGGGAGUGAUCAACCAUUCACUGACUCUUGCAAUCCAUGACAUUUCUCAUAAUGUUGCAUUUGGCACCAAGUGCGCACGGUGGAACCGCUUUUUUGGGAUGUUUGCUAACCUUCCCAUAGCAAUGCCGUACUCUACGUCAUUCAAAAAGUACCAUAUUGACCAUCAUCGGUACCUUGGUGGAGAUGGAUUGGAUGUGGACAUUCCUACAGACUUUGAAGGAAGGUUUUUCUGCACUCCGCUACGCAAGGUUCUGUGGAUCGUCCUUCAACCACUUCUUUAUGUCCUGCGUCCACUUUAUGUUAAUCCAAAGCCUAUCACCCAUCUUGAGGUGAUCAAUGCCUUAGUUCAGUUUUCCUUUGACCUGGCCAUUUACUCUUUGUGGGGCUUGAAACCUGUGGUCUACCUGCUGGCCGGGUCCAUCUUGUCUAUGGGCUUCCAUCCAAUUUCAGGGCACUUCAUAGCUGAGCACUACAUGUUUUCGAAGGGUUAUGAAACCUACUCCUACUAUGGACCAUUGAACAUGUUAACUUUCAAUGUUGGUUACCACAUGGAACAUCACGACUUUCCAAGCAUACCAGGCAGCAAGCUUCCUUUGGUGCGUAAGAUUGCAGCGGAAUACUACGACACCCUCCCGUACCACACAUCAUGGGGACGCGUGCUUUGGGAUUUCAUAUUCUGCAAGAACCUGGGACCUUUCUCUCGGGUGAAGAGGGAGUGCGAACUUGCAAAGAUGAACUAAAAAAAUAAAAGAGAAAUUCCAUAUU